CCACGGGAUCUUUGGACAAGCCGAGAGCCACCGGGCACUGGAAAAGGCCUCGGCUGCAACUUAAAGCUGGUAAAAAGCAAGCCUGGCCCAGGUAAGCGGAGGAAAACGGGAGUGCAAAGCCAAUCACGACCAAGAAGGGUCCCAAGGGACACUCGGGCAAAAGCACCCUGUGCCCCAUGCCCCCAGCUCCUGACGCUGGGCCCGGAAACCAGCAGAGGCUUUACCUUCCCUCAGUGUGCCUUGGCUCUGCCCGGCAGCCGUGUCCUUCACCAUCAAAUAUUGCGGGUGUUAUCAUAAUACCCUGAAGGGGGGGAAACCGGGUCGGGGGAUGUAGGCGGUGCUGAAAUGACCGGCUUUGAAGAACCUGCAGGCAAAGUUUCGUCCAAUCGUCUGAGCCUGUCCUCUUAUCCCCGGUUGUAACUAAAUACUGCUGCGAGCGCAGCCGAAGCCCUUUGUUGGAGAUGUGUGAGCGCAGUCUUUACAGAGCGGGCUAUGUGGGCUCGCUUCUGAAUCUGCAGUCGCCCGACUCCUUCUACUUCUCCAACCUGCGGCCGAAUGGAGGCCAGCUGGCCGCGCUUCCCCCCAUCUCAUACCCUCGCGGCGCGCUGCCCUGGGCCACCACGCCCGCCUCCUGCGCCCCUGCGCAGCCUGCCGGUGCCACCGCCUUCGGCAGCUUCUCGCAGCCCUACCUGGCUGGCUCUGGGCCUCUUGGCUUGCAGCCCCUGGGCGGCAAGGACCGGCCCGAAGAGCAGGCCAAGUUUUACACGUCCGACGCGGCCUCUGGGCCUGAGGAACGUGGCCAUGCGCGGCCCCCUUUUGCCCCCGAGUCUAGCCUGGCCCCCGUGGCCGCUGGUCUCAAAUCGACCAAAUACGACUACGCAGGUGUGGGUCGUGCCACGCCAGGCUCCGCGGCCCUGCUUGAGGGGACCCCCUGCGCCGCCGGCUUCAAGGACGACUCCAAGGGCCCGCUCAACUUGAACAUGACAGUGCAGGCAGCGGGCGUCGCAUCUUGCCUGCGGCCUUCGCUGCCCGACGGCCUGCCGUGGGGGGCGGCCCCCGGGAGGGCUCGCAAGAAGCGGAAACCCUACACCAAGCAGCAGAUUGCAGAGCUGGAGAACGAAUUCCUCCUCAAUGAAUUCAUCAACCGGCAGAAGCGCAAGGAAUUGUCCAACAGGCUGAAUCUCAGCGACCAGCAGGUCAAAAUCUGGUUCCAGAACCGUCGUAUGAAGAAGAAGCGGGUAGUGCUGCGUGAACAGGCGCUGGCGCUAUACUAGCCCCGGGCCUCCCCACGGCCCGGGCCUUCCUUUUGGAGCCCAAGUCUGGCGUGGAGGAAGAGCUGGGACUGGGGCUUUUCAUUUUGCUCCGUCUCAGCUGGUCCUAGGUACCCUCCCGCUCCAUCUGCAGCCCCAAAAGCCAGCAGGAGAUUUGGAGACCUGGCCAGUAGUGCCUCCACUCUUUCCCCUUUCCCGGGAGGGGCUGUGCAAGUAGCAGUACAACCUUGGCCUUGAGGCUUUCCCAGUGGGGGCCUAGGGUCACCCGUCUUAGCUUUUGGCUGAGGCAUUUACAUCUGGGCUCACUCCAGCUCCCUUUUACUUGGAUUUUGGCUUUCACAGUUAGUCUCCCUUUCCCCUCCUUUCCAAUUAUUUCUGCAUUUAGCAGGCACCUAGCUAGAACUCCGAGUGGAAUUGAAUUUAGGAAGGCCACUAGGGUGGAGUAGAAAGGGCUGUGGGCACAACUGUGUCUCUUUGCAACCAAAGCCCCUUGUGGAAAAGCCAGAAUCUUGAUUCUGGAGAAAGGAAAGGGUGCCACCACCACUCCCUCCUGUCUGCACUGGCUGGUUCGGGAGGACAACAGCCACCCUAGAUCUUCAGACUGUGGGAAGAAAGGGGAAGGAGUGUGGUCCCACAAACUUGGAAACACCUUGGAGUUCAGGCUGAACUGGCUCCUCCAGCUGGGCAGAAUGGACUGGAUACUUCCUUCCCAUGAGUGGGACAAGGGAGGCUGGGGCUCCAUGACAAACUGCACUUCCUAGCCAAGACUGGUAAAAUUUCCCUAUUUCUC